GCUGCAUGUUUUUUAAAUUCACAUCACCAGCCUCAAGACGUCGUUUCCUUUUGCCUGGGAGAUGAUGGACAGCAGGAUACUGGAUCCACCUCAUGCCCAGUUCGGAGGCUCGCUUGGUGGGAUGGUGAGCUUCCCGUACCAUCUAAGCCACCACCAUGUUUACGAAUUAGCCGGUCAUCAACUUCAAUCUGCAGCGGUUCCUUUCUCAAUAGACGGAUUACUUAAUGGUUCCUGUACGGCUUCAGUGGUGAAUUCGAACCCUCUUUUGUCGUCUGGCUGCGGUAUGAAUGGAGAUAACCAACAGUACAAACUGACAGAUUCGGGAGAUCCAGACAAGGAUAGCCCCGGUUGUAAAAGAAGACGAACUCGCACCAAUUUCACUGGUUGGCAGCUGGAGGAAUUAGAAAAGGCUUUUAAUGAGAGUCACUACCCCGACGUGUUCAUGAGGGAAGCACUGGCGCUGAGGUUGGACUUGAUAGAAUCAAGGGUGCAGGUAUGGUUCCAAAACCGCAGAGCUAAAUGGAGGAAAAAGGAAAAUACGAAAAAGGGUCCUGGGCGACCUGCUCACAACUCCCACCCGACCACAUGCAGUGGCGAGCCCAUGGAUCCGGAGGAGAUCGCCCGGAGAGAGCUGGAGCGCAUGGAGAAGAAGAAGCGGAAGCAGGAGAAGAGACUACUGAGGUCACAGAACAAACUCUUGGCAGGGGAAUUAUAUCACACUCCAGGAUCUGACAGUGACAGUGGCGUGUCACACGUAACGGACAGCGAGCAAAGCUGUUUACUUAGUGAGCUGGGCCGAAACCAAACGCAACCAAGCUGCGACCAAACCCCACACAAACUCCAGAACCAAAGAAACCCACACCAAGACGCGAGUGGAUCUGAGCUGGACUCGUCCGACAGCAGUCAGCAGUCAAACUUGGGUUCCAACGGCAGGGCCUCCACCAUCCAGAAACUUAACCCUUUCAGUGUGGAGAGCCUCCUGUCUGACUCAAGGCCAAGGCGUAAACCCGCUGUGGAUUUCCCAGCUUUACCAUCCCCUAGACCUUUGAUAGGGAAGGGACAUUUCUUACUGUACCCCAUCACACAACCACUCGGUUUCAUUGUUCCACAAACAUCUCUGAAGCCAUCCACAUCAUGCUCUGACUCUGAUAACGUAAUUCAAAGAGGGCCACACAGUGAAAGCUUAACAGCAAAUUUGGGACAUAAGAGCAGCAAUGAUUCCGACCAUGGGAACACCAACGCGACAGCAAUCAAAGGACAAGUUAAUCACUCGGUUAGAAAUACAAGUUCGCCCAACGGUCCAACCCACAUUCCCUUUAACAACAAUCAGUCUGCAGGAGGUUGCAAUGAAAGAUGCCUUCAAGAGAAGGAACAAGACAAUGUCAGUCCCAUAUCUCCACCUCAAGACAAGUCUUUAGCAGACUAUUCAGACACAGCUGAGGCGACGUCUACCAACCACUCCUCGGACACAAACAAAGACUCAGUUGAUAUAGACAUGGGAUAAUAUAGGGUUCUUAGUCGCCGCUAGAUAUAGGGGUGAUAAAGUAAAAACCUUCAAAAGCGUAACCGAAGAAAAAAAAAGACAUAUCAAAACAUUUCAUUUUUUUCGCUGACAUGUUUAAGCUCUGAUUAUGGGGGACUAUCUGUGUGAAUAUUUUGUGUACAUGUGUGAUGGGCUAUCAAAUGUUUAUUGGAAAAAAUAGAAGCAGACCCCUUGUGUAACAAACUGUAAAAAGAACAAGACAACAGAAAUCCUCAGACGUUGUAUAAAGUAUUGAAAUAUUUAUAUAUGUAAGUUUUUCAU